GUAUGACCAGUUGCUCCAUACGAGGAAAAGAAUAAUUUCACACAACCACCGUUUCAUAUGAUCGUUUGGAAAUCCAUCCUAUCGCGUAGCACGUAUUAUAAUACUUGCAUGAAUACUUGUAUGCCAAAGAUCACAUGCAGACAUGUUGAAGUAUAUACUGGUUGUGUGUUGCUGCUACGCAGCCAGUGAUGCGACUGAGAGACAUUUCUACAUCAGUGCUGAAGAGGGGCUGUGGGACUUUGCACCGGGCGGAAGAGACAUGGUUUCAACUUGGAGAAACAACGCCUCCAGCUCAGCGCAGGAUUACCUCGGAAGAAGCCGGGAGCGCCUGGGCCACGUGUACAAGAAGGCAAUGUUUCGGGAAUACACUGACGCCACCUUCACGCUGGAGAAACCAAAGCCGACAUGGCUUGGUUUCCUGGGACCAAUCCUGAAGGCCGAAGUCGGAGACACAGUGAAGAUCCACUUUAUAAACAGAGCCUCGAGAGUGUAUUCUGUACAUGCCCACGGAGCAACGUACAAUAAAACAAACGAGGGCGCGCUGUACAACGACGGCUACCACAACGUGACGACGUCGGCCGAUCUGGUGAAACCCGGCGACAACUACACCUACACGUGGAACAUCACCGAGGAGUCGGGCCCGGCGCUGGGGGGUGAGGAGUGCGUCUCCUGGAUGUACCACUCCCACAUCGACACCACCCUGGACAUCAACAGCGGUCUCGUGGGCUUCGUGUACGUCUGCAGGCCAGGAACUCUGACGAAACAUCUAAAGAACCGCCACGUUGCCAUCUACGUCAGUCACGUGGACGAGAACUUCAGUUGGUACAUCGAUGACAACGUCGAGAUGUUUGCCCCUCAUGCCAACCGCAGCACUCGAUCCUUCAAGACGUUCAACGCCAUGCACGCCAUCAACGGCUUCGUGUUUGGGAACCUGCCCGGCUUGGACUUCUGUGAGGGGGAAACGGUCACCCUUCAUUUUGCAACCAUGGGACACGCUACCGAUAUCCACCAGAUGGUUCUCAGUGGCCACUCCUUCAAGCAGUUCAAGCACAGGUAUAACUCCGUCAGUCUGGGGGUUGCCCAGUUUGCUACAGCGACUGUGAAGAUGCAGACACCAGGGAGAUGGCUGCUGUACGAUGCACUGUUUGCCAACUUGGAGGCUGGGUCAGCUGCGUUCGUGAACGUCAGAAAAUGCAGUGGAGGCGGCAACAACGUCUUCAGGCCAAAACAGGUGCGGCGCCACUACAUCGCGGCAGAGGAAGUGAUGUGGAACUACGCCCCCUCGGGCAAAGACAGAUACAACGGGGCAGGUUUACACAGAGGAUCGGCGGCUCUGUAUUUCCAACACGACCGUUUCUCCAUCGGCGGCACGUACAAGAAGGCGGUGUACGUAGAGUACACGGACAAGACGUUCAGAGUGCAGAAGAAAAAAACCAGUCUAGAUGCUCACCAAGGUUACCUAGGGCCACCAAUCAGAGCGCAGGUAGGCGACGCCAUUGAAGUCUACUUCCUCAACAGAGCCCAGCGGCCAUACUCCAUCCAUCCCAACGGAGUGAGACAUGACAAGAAGAACGAAGGGAUGUUAUACCAGGAUUACCAACAGGAUACAACAAAAUCCUUCGUACGGCCGGGGAAAAUGGUCAAAUACUACUGGUCCGUUCCUCGAUCCUUUGCACCGGAAGAGGAUGAUGGUCCAUGUCUAACCCGCAUGUACAGUUCCGGCACUAACGUAAUGAAGGACAUUGCCAGUGGUCUUGUUGGGCCAAUGGUGAUAUGUAAGGAAGGAUCACUCACGCCGGAUGGAAGGGAGACAGACGUGGACGGUCACUACUUCUUGUACCUCUCCAACAAUGACGAGAACUACUCCUGGUACAUCGAGGACAACAUCCGUCUUGCCAGGGUAGAUCCCCGCAUCAACAGGACAGAUCCUCUGUUUUUGGAGAGCAACACCAUGAGAGCUAUCAACGGCUACAUGUACGGCAACCUCCCCGUGAUCACGAUGUGCCAGGGGAGACUUGUCCGCCUGCAUGUGUUCAGCAUGGGCUCUAUUGCAGACCUGCAUGCUCUCUACGUCCAUGGGAACAACUUCGUCAACAACGGCCAACACUUACGUUCCAUAGGCCUCACAUCUGGCAGCAUGAAGAGCCUGGUUUUGUCAACAGCACAGGAAGGCUUCUGGGCCUUGCAGUGUCACAACUACCACCAUUUUGAAAGUGGUAUGAGUGCGUUGUAUAAUGUCCGGAGGUGCUCACGAGAAGCAGGACAUACGGUACGGCCACAUGCGACGACAGAGAGAACAUACUACAUCCAGGCCGAGGAGAGGUUGUGGGACUACGGUCCUCUUGGCAGGGAUACAAUCAAAGAUGAGCCUUUCGGAAUACCGGGGAGCAAAGAUUACGUCUACACAAAUAACAACGAAACCUUUUUGGGAACAAAAUACCAAAAACUGGUAUUUGUACAGUACACCGACGCUACAUUUAACACACCAAGGUCCAAGACAAAGGAUGAGGAGACGCAGGGCUUCAUAGGACCUAUCAUUAAGGUCGAGGUCGGGGAAACUCUAACUGUCGUCUUCCGUAACCAAGGGAGACGACCUUACUCCUUUCACCCCGAAGGCCUUAGUUAUAAUCGUAGUGAUGUGAGGUGGAAGGUCAAAGGUAACGACCAGCCUGUUGUAGCCCCUGGAAACACAUUUACCUACCAUUGGACGGUUGCCUAUGGUAACGGCCCAGGGGGCGGAGAUUCCAACUGCGUGACCCGGGUGUACUACUCUGACAUCAAUGUGACAGCUGAUACUCACACGGGUCUGAUUGGUCCGCUUGUUAUAUGCAGGAAGGGCAUUUUAGAUGUCAAUGGUCGGCGUAAAGACGUGGAUAGAGAGUUUGCUGUAUAUUUCACCAUUGUAGACGAGAAUUCAAGCUGGUAUCUAGACAUGAAUAUCAACAUGUUUGCACCUAGACCAGACCUGGUUAACAAGACGUACAGAGAAUUUAUGACCAGCAACCACAUGCACAGUGUGAAUGGGUACAUCUUUGGCAACCAGCCAACCCCCGUCAUGUACAAGGGUGAGAAGGUCGCCUGGUACCUCAUGACCAUGGGGUCACAGUUUGACCUGCAUUCACUGCAUUUCCAUGGCAACCUAGUGACUGAGUUCAGUGACACAGACCGAAAAAACGACGUCGUUCAACUUUUUCCGGGAAUGUUUGUCAAUGUGCGCAUGCGCGCUAUGAACGUUGGGAAAUGGCUUUAUCACUGCCAUGUCAAUAACCACCUGGUGUCGGGGAUGGAGUCUCGUUACCAAGUCUUGGAGACUCUAAGUAAAAAAACAAUAAACUUAUAGUCACGGCGCCUUUCUUGUAAUGAAUAAAUGUUGGGGGUACAAGUGGGUUUAGUGCAAAGGAAUUGGACGUGGACGUGACGGAUCGUUUCAACAAGAUAUAUGCUUUUGACGUGAGAAU